GCAUUGGAGCAGGAAAUAAACACACAUGAGCAAUAGUAACAUCAAAGGAAAUUAAUGUAUGCACUAUUUUAGUUAACCAGUGUGAACAGAUAUACGUGCCCCUAUCUCUCCCUCCAAAAAGACAGGCGGCAACCAAUCUCGGAAGUGAACAAGUUCAUGUCCCAACAGGUGAGCGCGGAAGGCAGACGAUCUAAAGUCGUAUGGAGUUUGUAUGACGGUAUUCCAAAGUUCAGUGUAGACGUUCGAUGAGCAUCGCACGAAUAAUCUCACCUAGUGUUGGAUAAAAGACUCUCACCACAUCGGAGUUGACGUUUGAAGGGCAAAAAUGCAAGAAGAAGAGGCUUGUUACAUGUACCCCAGUACCUCCACGGAUAGACAGGAUUUUGACUUUGAUGCCGAUUGGGAAGGAAUAGUGAAAGCUGUCUACAAGUCUGACAUCAUCACUCCUACAAUGGUGUUCUCUGUUAUUGGUGAUUCCAAUAGCUUUGUCCCAAGUCCAUGGCCGAAGGCGGUGUUUCAAACGGGGCUCAUGGAAGCAGCGAGAAAUGGAGGAGAUACUUGGAUCAUUUAUCGUGGAAAGAAACAUGGAUUGUCAAAAAUUAUCCGGGACGCUUACCGGGAUUACGGAAAUAUGGAAUUUGAUAUCAAUAACAAGGGAAAGGACAUAAGGGAUGAGGAACGACGUGUGAAGCUAAUCAGCAUUACUAAAACACAAACAAAAGAUGCACUUGCUCCAGAACAUUCCCUCUGCCUGAUGAAUGAAAAAGAAGAGCCGGCGGUCAUUGUUGUUUCUGGGGAAAAAAUCGGAGAGAAUGCACAGUUUCAACUGGACUACAGCAUACAACUGCCUGAUGUGGAAAAACACAUGAUCGCGUUUGAAAGAUUCGUUUCUAAGAAAGAAGGAAUUUUUUUCAGUCAGAACAAGGAUUUCAGUAUUCGGGUACCUGUACCCGUCGCAAUUAUUGUCUGUGAAGGAGACAUUCUCACAAUUGCACACGUGGAGGGGGCUUUGGAAAUGAAGCUACCAGUAAUUGUAGUGAAAGGAUCUGGAAAAGCCGCAGACCUUAUCGUGGAUUACUUAGAGAACCCAGAAUCCUUAAAGAGAAAAGCAAGCCUACUUUUUGGAAUAAGAUUUGAUGACAAAAACUUUAAAAUCCUGAAGCAGUACCUCACAAAAAUAAAGGAGAAAGAGGAAUUGUUAAGUUUCUUCGACGUACACAACGAUGAUCCUCUGAUGUUUUCAAACAUUGUGGGCGAGGCCAUUGUUAGCUCUUGGGCAAUGGAGAAGAUUAUUAACAUCAAUGCAUUGGAAGGAGACUUGGAAGCGAUGGGUGUUUACGCUAAAGGAACUCCUCAAUAUAACGUUACCAAUACAUAUUCUAUUGGAUUCACAAUGAUAAAUCAAGAUUCCAUCACUCCGCAAACAGUCCAUAUGGCCCAGGUUCUUAACAAAUACAAAGAAUCCAGAACACACGCCAUGGAAUCGACCUUCUCAAAGCCCUCGUCAUUGCCUCUGUAUUUUUAUUUUGGUUACCAGUUACUGCAGGAGUCCAAUUUACUGCAGGAUUGUGGUCAUAUACUUAUACUAGAGGCGUUGAAAUCCAACAGAUGUGACUAUGUGCGAGUACUUCUGGACCAAGACGUGAAUCUUAAGAUGAGAGAUUUACCUGUGUUGUAUGAACAAACGAUCUCCUGUGAUUGUGAAGAAAAUGAAGAACUCUGUGUACAUAUACAGUGGAUUUUGGAGCAAAUCCACGAAGAAUUUGCCACGACUGUGUUUAAGGAAUAUAGAUUAAUGGAUAAGCAAAUGCAAUCUAAAAAUGAGGAAACGCAAACAGGGAAAAAGACGGUUAAGAAGGUUAAGACGGUUAAACCUGUUAAACCGGUUGUUCUAGGAAUGUCCGUAGCAUCAUCUGCAAGAGGAUUGUGUCGCCUAUUACUUAAAUAUGAUGAGGAUCCCAAGGCAGACCGAAAAAAGGAAGAUACCACGGGAAGCGGGGAAGAUAAAGCGCAGAAUGUCAAAGGAGAGAAAAAGAAAAAAAUAGAUGAAAAUGGAGAUAACACGGGAAGCGGAGAAAAUAAAGGAGAAAACUCCAAAGGAAACAAAGGGACAGAAAUAGAUGAAAAUGAAGAUACCGAUGUUUCUGAUAUCCUUAUAUGGGCAUUGCUUGCAAAUAGAAAAGAAUUGGCAGAAAUUUGUUGGUUAAGAAGUGAACACCACCUGUUGACAGGGCUAAUUUCCUCUGCAAUUCUGAAGAAAUUGGCGAAGAAAGCAAAUGAUAUAAAGGAACAGAUUUUAUCCAGGGAUUUGGAGAACCAUUCCAUUCUAUUUCAGAAACGUUGUUUAGACUUAAUGGAUAGGAUGUAUGAGGAGAAAAUGGACCACGCCAUUAAACUGAUGGAUGAUGAACCAAAAGUGUGGGGAAUUGAUUCAAGUCCGCUUACGUUUGCUUACGAAAACGUCAUGUACGACAUUGUUGCUCACACAUGUUCCCAGAAAAACAUGAAUAAAGUAUGGUACAACAACUUGGCUCCGGACACAUGGCCAUUCAUAUGUUCCAUUGUACAACACCCAGCGAAGUUUUUGACUGCGCCAUUAACGAAAUACAUCUUCAAUUUUGUGAUGUUCUUCAGUAUGCUGAUGAUAUACAGUGCCUUUGUAUUGACAAGUAUUAGUACUGAGUACUACGACAACUUCCUAGCGAAAUUUCUGGAGUAUUACGUUUAUUUCUGGGGAGCUGGAGACUUGAUAGAAGAGGUCAUCAGUUGCUUUGGUGGUUUAGAAUUGAAAUCCGACCGUGGUUUAUCAUCUAGGAUAAAGCGGCAUUUCUACAACUUUUGGAACAUUGUCGAUUCUAUUUCCUAUCUUCUGCUCAUCGCUGCAUUGGUUGUGCGUCAUUUCCACCCCUCAACAAAGUUCACUGUAGCCAGAAGGAUGUUUUCUUUAUCUCUGUUGGCCAUGUAUCUGCGUUUUCUGGAAGCUUUCCUCAUCCACAGACAUAUGGGGCCAACUCUUAUAAUGAUAAAAGAAAUGUUGAAGGAUUUGCUGAGAUUCUUGGUUUUGGUAGUAUUUGUUGUGGUAGGAGUAGGGAUGUAUUAUCAUGCCAACCUGUGGCCGGAUCAUCAGAGAAUUUGGGGUGGAGAUUGGACUGAAUGGAGGAUCUGGAAAAUUAUUUAUUACCCUUACUGGCAACUUUAUGGAGAUGCUUACAAUGAUUUUCUGGAAGGAAAGGAUCUAUCAGACUGUUCAAAUGUGACAUCAAUAUGGCAGAAUGAUCCUUCCAUAGACCGUUGUCCUCAAGAAGAUUGGACAGUAUCAGCCAUUUCUGCAGUUUACAUGUUGUUUUCAAAUCUCCUACUGGUCAACCUCGUUAUUGCCAUGUUCAGUUACACGUUCGAGCGAGUACAAGAAAACUCAGAGAAACUGUGGCGGUUUCAGAGAUACACCGUCAUCAAUGACUACAGAUGGAGGAUCCCUUCCCCAAUCAAUCUUCUAUUGCUCCCAUAUCGUUUGUAUGAAAUCAUAAAGAAAUGUCACGGGUCUUGCUGCUCAAAUAAAACUGGACCCUUGAAUGAUUCGGAGAAAGCCAAGUUUGAUUACAGGGUUGAAUUUCAGAAAAUCAUAGCUUUCAGGAUAUAUAACAAGAUGUAGAUACUGAAAAGAAUGGGUUUUUUCGGAGGACCAUUAAAGGAACAUUUAAGAAGUAUAGGAAAUAAGGAAAUAAGAUCGGCGGUAUAUCCUACUCUACAGAGGACAAUUUCGACUUGGCAAUCCAAUGUGCCAUUUGUUAUUUUGGACGAAACGUUGCAUACGUUCCUCGACUUGUUGACUCUACUAUCGAUUUGCAGCAAGAUCAGUGUCAUGUUUUGUUAGUGUAAUGCUUAAUCACGAAUACGGUGUGAUGGUGUUUUUCUAAGUUUUUAGCCAUUGUGUGAUUUAUUCUUUUUUUAUUAUUCAUUUUUAUUAAUUCUUGUUGCUUUAUUUUAAUGGCUUGUUUCAUUUUUUAUGUGUGUAUUUCCAUUUAGAAUAGAAGGAAGUCCACAAUCUAUUGUCAGAUCUUGUUUACCAAUCAUUGUGUGAAGUCAACAUACAUGUACAUGUAUACUACAUUUAUUUCCUAUAUAAAGAAUGAUGAAUUAUUAGUGGCCGACAUGGGAUGCUUACUCAUCCUAGGUACCUGAUUACACCUCUGGUGUGUCCAGGGGUCCAUGUUUGCCCAACUAUCUAUUUUGUAUUGCUUAUAGGAGUUAUGAGAUUGAUCACUGUUCGUUAUCUUCACCUUUCAUUGUUUUACGAAAAAUACUAUGAUUGUGUACAUAUACUUUUAUUCUUUCCCGGAAUCUUAACAUCGUUAUCAUCAUACAAAUUGAUGCUAAUUUUGAGGAAUUAACAGCGAGCGUUUUGAUAAGUGGUUAGUAAGUAAGUAAGUAAUUUUUAUUUAAAGUCGGAACUAUAUACAAGUAAACAAUAAACAUGAGCUAAGAGCUCUUUAACCUACUAUAUAUCAUUAAAAAACCCACAAAGCACUAAUGGUAUAUAAUUGCAUACAUAGACAUUAAAACAGAAAUUUGAAAUAAAAUAGGACGCAUACAUGUAUACAGACAUCACAAGUUUAUGCAUAUAUAUACACAGGGACUAGCUAUAUCAAGAUGCGCAUGCAGUACUGAAAACAGUUUGUAACACAAACAUAAAAAUAUAGAUAUAUACAUAGAAUAAAUAAAUAUGCACACCUAAGAGACAGAACGGAGUAAAAAUAAAACAGUUAAAUUGUACAUGUAAGCUUAGAAGCAUAGUUAGAAGUUAGAUCAAAACUUUAAGAUUUAGGCAGGAGAGGCUGGAAUUUGCAUGAGCUGCAUUUACAAUUUAAUUCCCCACACCAAUUUUAAAUAUAAUUUGAGAAUAGAUUAUAUGAUGUAAUAUUUUUUGCUUCGCUUGGCAAAGAGUUCCAGAGCUUUGCUGCCUCAUAUCUGAAAGAUUUCAUCCCGUACCUGGUUGUUCUAGGUCUUGGUACUUCCACUGUAUUUGUAUAUCUAAAAUUGUAUGAAUGGUUUUUUAUAACGACUAGAUCUUGUAAAAAAAAAAAAAAGUGGGGACAUUUUGUUGAUACUUUUAAAAGUUUCUAAAGCUAUUGUUCGCAUUCUUCUGGUUUUUAGUGAAGGCAAUUUAGAUUGUUUUAAUAGGUUUUCGUAAAUACUUUUAUAGUCACCAUAGAUAAACCUCAGAGCUCUUUCCUGAAUCUUUUCAAAUUUGCGGGUGUUUUGUUCAGUGCAGAAGUGCCAUGUCAACGGACAAUAACUAAAAUUUGACAUAAUAAAUGAAUGAUAUAUGGUUAAUUUACCUAAUUUGCUAAGAUGUUUGCCUAUUCGUUUAAGGACAUUUAAUUGCCUUGCUGCCUUUUAUAUUUUGCGUACCAAAAAAACCGAUGAUAUAUGCGCUCAUUUAGAUAUCGAUAUUUAGAUGUGUCGAUGACAAGGUGCUUUAAUAUAUAUAUAUAUAUAUAUAUAUAUAUAUAUAUAUAUAUAUAUAUUGC